CCAAUGAAGAGAAGCUCGAAUCGUAUUCCGUUUAUCCCUUUUCUUUCCCACCCUCUCUCUCUCCCCUCUCGCCUCUUUUUAUUGACUUGUAACCUCUUUCAUCGCUCCUUGGCAUUCCAUUCCGGUCCUCCUCCUCUUUCUUCGUCUAGGGUUAGGGUUCCUGGUGAUUAGAUCGUGCCUUGAUGGAGCCGCAGCAAGGGCAGGGAGCAAAGACGGCAAAGCGCAAGCCCGUCUUCAUCAAGGUGGACCAGCUGAAGCCCGGCACCAGCGGCCACACCCUCAUCGUCAAGGUCGUCAGCUCCAACAUCGUUCGCCAGAAAGACCGCCCCGCCGCCGCCGGCCAGCUCCGCCCCGCCCGGAUCUCCGAAUGCUUAAUCGGAGACGAGACCGCCUCCAUCGUCUUCACCGCCCGCAACGAACAAGUUGACUUGUUCAAGCCUGGUGCUACUGUCAUCUUGCGCAAUGCCAAGAUCGAUAUGUUCAAGGGCUGCAUGCGGCUUGCUGUGGAUAAGUGGGGGCGAACUGAGGUUACUAAACCUGCUGGAUUUGAGGUAAACAAGGACAACAACUUAUCUUUGGUCGAGUAUGAGCUGGUGAACGUCGAUGGAGAAUGAUCGAAGAAGAGAGAAUGCUUGCAAACUACUAUCAUGGGACGUAGUUUGAUGAACAUGCUUUUUCUGACUUUUACGUUUGGUAGUCAUAAACUUAUAUGAUCCAUUAGAGCAAUAGUCUAAGCUAUACAAAGCUCACCAGUCCUUGUGGUGCCUGUGUUUCUUCAUGUUCAUGUCUGGUACUAAAUCCUAACUAUUAUGAAUGGAAUCAAAGUUAUAUAUAAUGGUUUGAGUUGUUCA